UUUUCUUGUGGUACACAGGUCUAGCUUUUGGAGUCUUCCAACAUGUCGAGCUCGUACCGAAGCAGGAUCCAGGAAUUCAAGGUGGCCUUGAGUGAAGAGAAGCUAGACUUGAAGGCACUCCGGGAACUUUGCUUCAGUGGUAUCCCAUUUGAAGGAGGCAUCCGUGCACUUUGCUGGAAAGUCCUGCUCAACUACCUGCCUCUGGACCAGACGAUAUGGGACUCCUUUCUCAAAAAGCAGAGGGAGGGUUAUUCCCAGUUCCUGAAGGAGAUGAUCAUCCAGCCCGGCAUCGCUAAGGCCAACCUGGGCCUCUCCAGAGAGGACGUGACCAUGGAAGACCAUCCUCUCAACCCCAACCCAGAGAGCAAGUGGAACAAUUACUUCAGAGACAAUGAGGUGCUGCUGCAGAUUGAUAAAGAUGUCAGGCGUCUGUACCCAGACAUGGCCUUCUUCCAGUGGCCCACAGACUACCCCUGCCAGCUGAUCCUGGACCCCCAGAAUGACUACGAGACCCUCAGGCGCCGCGUGGAACAGACCACCCUCAAGGCCCAGACUGUGGACCGCAACCGCAGCGGGGUCACCAAUGUGAGCUCCCCGGGCAAGGCUCUCAACCUGUACCCUUCCAACGAGUACGAGGUGCUGCCCAAUGGCUGCGAGGCCCACUGGGAGGUGGUGGAGCGCAUCCUGUUCAUCUACGCUAAGCUCAACCCGGGCAUUGCCUACGUGCAGGGCAUGAACGAGGUGGUGGGACCCCUCUACUACACCUUCGCUACCGACCCCAACGACAAGUGGAAAGAGCACGCCGAGGCAGACACCUUCUUCUGUUUCACCAACCUGAUGUCGGAGAACCGGGACAUGUUCAUCAAGAGUCUGGAUGACUCACAGUGCGGCAUCACCUACAAGAUGGAGAGUGUCUACUCCAUGCUCAAGGAGAAGGACAUGGAGCUCUACAUUAAACUGCAGGAGCAGAACAUCAAGCCUCAGUACUUCACCUUCCGCUGGCUGACCCUGCUGCUGUCCCAGGAGUUCCUCCUACCUGACGUCAUCCGCAUCUGGGACACGCUCUUCUCCGACCAGGACCGCUUCGACUUCCUCAUCCUGGUCUGCUGCGCCAUGCUCGUACUGAUUCGAGAUCAGUUGCUGGCGGGAGACUUCACGGUCAACAUGAGACUGCUGCAGGACUACCCCAUCUCAGAUGUCCACACCAUCCUGGCCAAGGCCAAGGAGCUUCAGGACGGCUCGUAGCCACCCCUACCUCCCUUCUCUCCCUCUCCUGGUUGGGGAGGGGAGGAUACACCAUUAAAACUGGUAACCAUGGGCACAGCGAAGGAGGGAGAGGAAGACUCCUGGCGCCGGGUUGGUGCACGGUUGGUCGGAGAAACCAAACUCUGUACUUAGGCUUGUCGUCUCACUCUCACGGCCUGACAGUUUUUCCACUGGGAGGGUGUGUGGCCUCAAGCAAUUUCUUUUUGCACUGAACACUUGAAAAAUAUUUACAAAUCUGCAUAUAUGAAGCAGAGAAACCACAGUAACCCAUACAACAGAAGCAUCAUUAUAAAGUCUGCCAACACUCCAAGGUUUUUUUUCAGGGUGUUUCUUUUUAGUGGGAUGGGAAUUACUUUUUUUUACUAUCUAAGUGAACAUGUUUAUUUUUUAUCAUAAAGACGAAAUAUAGUACUACCUUGUAAAGACUAACUGUGGUUAGGGUUAAGUGCCUUGCUCAAGGGCACAUCGACAGAUUUUUCACCUAGUUGGCGUGGGGAUUCGAACCAGCGACCUUCCGGUUACUGUCCCAGCGCUCUUAACCGCUAGGCUACCUGCCGUCCAACUCACUAACCUAACUCAUAGUGUAUGCUUAUAGAUUAGCCCAAAUUCUGGUCAAGCAACAGGCAGGAACAAAACACAAAAUUAACCCUUGAUUGUCUUAAAUCUAGCCUUACGGGUAGAUUGAUACAUUGAUGAUGAUGAUAAGGUCGCUUUUGAUGUGAGGGCAUUACUAAGCAAACAAAUCAAUCCGAUUAAAUUGGGCAUUCGUUUUUAAUAAUAUAUUUUGACUUAUCUCUGGUCGCAUUAAAAGUGGCUAACGCCCUAGAAACCAGAAUACAUUGAACAUGAAUGACAUCUUGUAAAUGAAGCAUAACACAAUUUGCUCUGCAUACUGUAAGAUUAUUACAGAGAACAAAUGAUUGAUAAUAGUAGCUGAAUAUUUAUCAUGGAUAAAUUAAUGACAUUGAAACGCUAUGACGAUAACGUUUCUAUAAUCACAUAAUGGAAUUGACAGAUAAGAGUUGACAAAUAACAGAGUUGAUUAUGUAAAAUAACUAUGAUUGAAUGUGUUAUAGAUUCUUUAUUUUUUUUAAAUGCUAACACUUUACCACAAAGCUAAGACACCCUUGAAAUGUACUUACCUUUUCAAACAGUAGGACCUGCAUAAUAAUGUGAUACUUUAUGUACACAGAGAAUGGCUGGCUUUGUUUUCAUCAAUAUUGCUAGAAUGAAUCAGUGCACAACAGUUACCUUUGUACUGUUUGCAUUUCAGUUUUAUUAGCAUUCCCUAGAAAUUCCAAGUAUCGCCAUCCCUUUCAGUGGCAAGAUGGUAUCAGUCUACAUUCUAACACUAUUUCAGUAGCAAGAUGGUAUCUUCCUGCUGACAAAUCGCCUAGACAGGAAUUGGUACAAAUUGACAGUCUGUAACUAGCUCUGGUUCAACGUAGCUUUAUUGUUCUAAGGUGAGGUAGUAAGAGAUACUAUACUGAGUAUUUUAACACACUCUGAAUGAAAUGGGAACACUCAUCGUUCAAACAACUUGGCUUGGUCGAUAAUUGUGACUAUAAUCAUGUCUUGAUCUUAAAGGCCCAGUGCAGUCAAAAACGUGAUUUUCCUGUGUUUUAUAUAUGUUUCCACACUGAGGUUUGAUUAAUACUGUGACAUUGUGAAAAUUAUGAUAAUGCCCCUUUAGUGUAAGAGCUGUUUGAAAAGACCUCCUGAAAUGUCAGCUUGUUUUGGUGGGAGGGAGUUUUGGCCUUCCAUGGUGACAUCACCAUGGGGUAAAUUAGUUAAUAGACCAAUAAGAAAGAUUUCCAAACCUCUGCCGAUAACAUAAGCUAUUUUUGUUUAUUUUUGACCAUUUUAAUUUAAAACAAUCACAGUAAGGUAUUUAAUUGUUACCUAGAAAUGAUUUGAUAUUGAGGUAAAAAAUUUAAAAAAUGCUGCAUUGGACCUUUUUAAUGAAUGUAUAUAAACAGUGACAAAUCCCCCUUGGAGGUUCACUAAUGACAAUGAAGGAAAGUCUUGUCUUCCUGUGAUUCACAAACGUUUACUGUCAACGAUGAAUGAUUUCUCCUUCUCUAACAUUCUCUCGUUCUUAUCUUGCUCUAUCACAAUUUUUUCCCCUUUCCUUUUUUUCAUUUUCUCAUAAUUCAUUGCGCUCGCCUUUCUCCCACCUUUUCCCCCUCCUUGCCCUGGGAUAUUGAGGGCUUGUCCAGGAUAGGGCUAGCAGUGAAGCAGUAGACCCUGUGCCACAGUCAGCCUGCCAACCGCAAUGCACUGCCAUUCUCCCUCUUAUCAUAUGUCUCUGUUUCUCAUCAUAUGUCUCUGUUUCUCAUCAUAUCUCUCUGUUUCUCAUCAUAUG